GAAAUAUAAGAAUAUCAACUCUUAAACAUCAUAUGGAAAAAAAACAUAAUAUUAAAAUUUCACAAGUUAUAACUAAUCAAACCAAACUUCUUUUUCCUCAUAUUGAUCUAUGGCCAGCUAAAGAAAAACAAGAACGUGAUGAAUAUGAAUAA